AUGACGGAAAGGGACUCUGAAAAAGACAAUUAUAAGAUAAGCAUCUCCGUCGAAACAAAAGUCAGCCCUUUAGAAAACCUCUCCGAAAUUGAGAGGAAGUUGGUGCAUAAGUUUGAUUGGAGAUUGAUGCCUAUGUUAGCUACUAUUUACUUUUUUUCAUCCCUUGAUAGAUCCAAUAUUGGUAAUGCUAGUGUUGCUGGCAUGAACGCUGAUAUAGGAAUUUCCAGCACACAAUUUUCCAAUGUUGCAUCUGUGUUGUAUGCCACAUACCUACCUGUCAUGUUACCAGGUGUUUGGCUCAUGAAGUUGUGUCCAAAACCAAAGUAUUAUCUUGCUGGAAUGGUUUUUUGUUGGUCAGUUUGUUCUCUUUGUACAAUGUUUGCAACCGGGUAUGGCAGUCUUAUGGCCAUCCGGCUACUACUAGGAUUGUUCGAGGGUUCUUUCUUCAGCUGUAUGUCGGUUAUUGCUACUGAUUAUUAUUUCCCAGAUGAGUUGGGCAGAAGAACAGCUUACUUUUUUGCGUCAUCGUCUUUAGCAAGUGCCUUCGGGGGUCUUAUUGCUACUGGAAUCACCAAAAUAUCAUCUGGAUCACUUAAGCCAUGGCAAUACAUUUUUUUGAUCGAAGGAAUCCUAUCAUUGCUAGCAUCAAUCUGGUUGUUUUUAGGCUUACCUGAUAACCCCACAGGGUUGAUAAAAACCGAAGAAGAAAAACAGGCUUAUGAGGACAGAGAAAGACGCCGGGUUUUCUUUAUGGAUUCAAGUUCAUUCCAGUGGUCGGAGGUUUUAGAAGCAAUUGCUGAUUACAAGACACACCUUUCAUAUGUAAUACAAUUCACGCAGGAUGUUUGCCUAUAUGGGUUUUCAACGUUCCUACCUUCUAUCUUAAAAUCUGGUUUAGGUUAUGAUGCUUUAGAAGCACAAUAUUUGGGAGUUCCUGUUUAUUUAUUUGCCGGUAUUGUCUUUUUAGUUGCAGCUGAAUUGUCUGAUAGAACCCGAAUGAGAGGUCCUUUUAUUGCUUUUACUAACAUCUUUGGAAUAGCAGGGUACAUAUUGUUACUUGCUGUAAAAAAUGAUGGUGUUAAAUAUUUUGCAUGUUAUCUUGUUGCCUUUUCAAUAUAUACGGGCACUGGUAUAAAUGAAUCGUGGAUUGCCUCGAAUACAGCUCCGAGGUAUAAACGAUACACCUCAAUUGGGUUGAACCAAACAUUAGGCAAUGUCUCUGGUGCAAUUAGUCCUCAAGUAUAUCGCUCCCCUCCAAAUUACACUUUGGGCCACGCCUUUACCCUUGGAUGUCUAGUGAUCUCGUCGAUUUGCAGUAUGACAUCUUCAAUUCUUUUUUACAGAAGAAACAAGCAAAACCAAAGGGUGAUUGAGACUGGAAUUGAUGAUAGAGGCCGCAGGAGAACUAUAGGUGACGAUUCUCCAGAAUUCCAAUUCCUCCUUUAA